GGGGUUAACAGUAAGACUAGACUACAGAAAAUCUGUCCUGGGAGCUGUCUGGGAGAAUUGUCUGGAGCCAAGUCCUGCUGGAUCCUUCUGAUGAGAUUCUGGGAUCAAUAAGCUACUAAAAACCAAACGAGCAAGAUGGACCGAAUGGCCUCCUCUCGUUUGUAAACUUUCUUAUGUUUCUAGUGACCAAAAAACUGGAGAGUCCCGGAAAAUAAGGGGCAGUGGACAGGUGUGCAAGGGUUACCAUCUAUUCAUGUUGCUGAGGCUGAAUCAUUUGGAUCCUUUGAAACCCGACUUGAUAAGGUUUUUAGAUCAACCAGCUACUGGAAACCGGACGAGCGCUGAUGGGUUGAAAGCAGGGACGCGUGCCGCUUUGCAUACAGGGGUUACAGUUACAUAGCGUGCAAGGAAAUGCUGUAUUGCCAUCGCCGUUAGCUUACACACAUUGUGAAAGAAGCAACGGGGGCCCCCUUUCCCCCUGCAUUUGGGACAGGAAAGCAGGGCAGUUUUGAGAAACUUAUUCCGCCCGUUAGGAUUGCAGCACAGGAAAGCAAGCGGCAAUGCGCUCUUCAGACAAGUGCUGUGCAUGAGAGUACGAAAAUGCAACAACAGAUUGCGCUCGCAGCCAAAAGACUGGAAGCAUCGUAAAGCACAGAGAGUUCUGGCAAAGCAUAGGGAAGCAUUGUAAAGCACAGAGAGGUCUGGCAAAGCAUAGGGAAGCAUUGUAAAGCACAUAGAGGUCUGGUAAAGCAUAGGGAAGCAUUGUAAAGCACAGAGAGGUCUGGUAAAGCAUAGGGAAGCAUUGUAAAGCACAGAGAGGUCUGGUAAAGCAUAGGGAAGCAUUGUAAAGCACAGAGAGGUCUGGUAAAGCAUAGGGAACCAUUGUAAAGCACAGAGAGUUCUGGUGAAGCAUAGGGAAGCAUUGUAAAGCACAGAGAGGUCUGGUAAAGCAUAGGGAAGCAUUGUAAAGCACAGAGAGGUCUGGUAAAGCAUAGGGAAGCAUCGUAAAGCACAGAGAGGUCUGGUAAAGCAUAGGGAAGCAUUGUAAAGCACAGAGAGGUCUGGUAAAGCAUAGGGAAGCAUUGAAAAGCACAGAGAGGUCUGGUAAAGCAUAGGGAAGCAUUGUAAAGCACAGAGAGGUCUUGUAAAGCAUAGGGAAGCAUUGAAAAGCACAGAGAGGUCUGGUAAAGCAUAGGGAAGCAUUGUAAAGCACAGAGAGGUCUGGUAAAGCAUAGGGAAGCAUUGUAAAGCACAGAGAGGUCUGGUAAAGCAUAGGGAAGCAUUGUAAAGCACAGAGAGGUCUCGUAAAGCAUAGGGAAGCAUUGUAAAGCACAGAGAAGUCUGGUAAAGCUUAGGGAAGCAUUGUAAAGCACAGAGAGGUGUGGUAAAGCUUAGGGAAGAAUUGUAAAGCACAGAGAGGUGUGGUAAAGCUCAGGCAGAAUCUCAUUGGCUGUAUAGGGAAUAGUGUGCGGAGAUGCACAGAUAACGCUGGAAUGACUUGAUUAAAUAAAGUGCCGUUUCGCCGAGCAAUUGGAUCCAUUUUUAAAUACGGAGCAGGCUGCGCUAAUUCAGCUUCCAGAGUAGCAAUCCGACAUGGACAACGAGGAGAAGAAUUUGAUCUACAAAGGGAUCCCGCUCACGAAGGCGGUACACUCAUCAGAAAGCCUGAAAUACGCCGAGGACUUUCAGGUCAGGGACGAUGAUGUCUUCGUUGUAACCUACCCCAAAUCGGGUACGACGUGGAUGCAGGAGAUCGUUCCCGUGAUUCUGAGCGGCGGGGACCUGUCCCCGAUACAGACCAUCCCGAACUGGGACCGGAUGCCCUGGCUCGAGGAGAAGCGAGCCCUGCACUUGCUAGAUGCCCGUCCCUCCCCAAGAGGCAUCGUCACCCACUUACCGUAUCAGCUCAUGCCCUCCUCUUUCAGCCAAUCAAAGGCCAAGGUUAUCUAUGUCACUCGGAACCCUAAGGAUGUCCUGGUGUCGUCUUUCCACUUCCACGGCAUGGCUACCUUCCUGGAGGAUCCCGGCACCUUUGAGGAAUUCGUGGAAAAGUUCCUGGCUGGCAAACUGCUUUUCGGGAAGUGGUUUGAUCAUGUGAAAGGCUGGAGGAGCUCGGAGCUGAAGGAGCGCAUCCUCUAUGUUACGUAUGAGGAGAUGCUGGAGGAUUUAAGGGGCGCCGUGGUAAAGUUGAGCCGUUUUCUGGGGAGGCCUCUGAGCGAGGAGGCUGUUGACAGGAUUGUCGAGAAAGGGGGAUUCGAAAGCAUGAAAAACAACGCCAUGUCCAACUACUCCCUGGUACCCGGGGAGGUCUUCAACAAGGACAAGUCCGAGUUUUUAAGAAAAGGUGUUUCUGGGGACUGGAGAAACCACUUCAGUGCGGCCAACGAAGAGCGUUUUAACUCUGUUUACCGGGAAGAGAUGAAGGAUACUAACUUGAAAUUCUCCUGGGAUGAGAAUUAAAUUGAACCCUCUUGUUCAACUUAAAAAAAAGUCUAUAUAUAUAUGUAUAUAUAUAUUUGGACAUUUCUGUUAAAUCACAUCGCAGAGACCUACCUGCAAUUAACCAAACACCCUCUAGAUGGCACUCCACCUCCAUAGCAUUAACUGGCUGUAUCCUCUUACGUCCUAAUAAAUUUACCUUGCUAAAUUUG